AUGGUCAAUCCGCUAAUUCGACCAAAUGACAAUCCAGACAUUACGAAGGAACGACGUGCUGGCACGUUUGAUAUUGUGGCAAUGACUGAUAACCUGGAACAAAUUGAUGCGUCAGAUUUCUUUGGCGAAGGAAUGUACUACCAGUCGCUGAUCAUGGGACGAGAUCUUCAUCCUUUAUCAUUACAUUUUGUAAUGUUUAUUCCAACGAUCCAAGGUCAAACUGACGACGAACAGCUGGACGAAUGGUUGUCGUUAGCAAUUUCUCGAGGAAUCAUCGGUACCUACGCCCAGACUGAGCUCGGUCAUGGUACAAAUCUGAAGAAUUUGGAAACGACUGCUACCUACGAUCCGAAGACAGAGGAGUUCAUAAUAAACUCACCAACAAUUACUUCAGCGAAAUGGUGGCCUGGUGCCCUUGGAAAAUCGUCAAACUAUGCAAUCGUUGUUGCUCAACUAUACACCAAAGGAGUCUGCCAUGGACCACAUCCAUUCAUCGUUCAAUUACGAGAUCUUGAAACUCACAAGCCAAUGAAAGGGAUUCGUGUCGGUGAUAUUGGGCCAAAGUUUGGGUUCAACUCAAGUGACAACGGUUUCCUGCUGUUUGACAACUACAGAAUACCUCGACAGGGCAUGCUGAUGCGGUACUCCAAGGUAGAACGUGAUGGCACCUACAUCGCUCCCAAGCACUCGAAACUCGGCUACGGUACUAUGGUAUUCGUGCGAUCGAUUAUGAUCAAAGAUCAAGCCACCCAAUUGGCUGCUGCCGCUUGCAUCGCCAUACGGUACUCCGCCAUUCGACGGCAGGGCGAAAUUGAGCAGGGAGCUGGUGAAGUUCAAAUUCUCGACUACCAGACUCAACAGUUCCGUCUUAUGCCACAAUUGGCUCGUGCCUUCGCUUUCAUGUUUGCUGCAUACGAAAUUCGUGAUAUGUAUAUGAAGGUCACUGAACAACUUACUCACGGGAAUGUGGACCUUCUUCCCGAGAUUCAUGCAUUGUCGUCGGGCCUAAAGUCGGUCGUUUCAUGGGAAGCAGCUCAGGGCAUAGAGCAAUGCCGCUUAGCUUGUGGUGGCCAUGGAUAUUCACUUGCCUCAGCAUUCCCAGAAAUCUACGCCUACUCAGUAGGUGGCUGCACCUAUGAAGGCGAAAAUAUCGUCAUGUUAUUGCAAGUCGCCAGAUUCCUGAUGAAAGCUGCGAAAGAAGUUCGGAGUGGAAACGCAAAAUUAGCGGCAAUUUGCGGUUAUUUGGCUAAACCUGACCUAGCACACUCGAAGUUCGCAGCCUGGCAAACAUAUACAGAUGCAGAUAUUGUGCAAGACUUCGAACAUGUGGCUAGGAGACAGAUCUUCCGUGCCUAUGAUGUCCUGAUGCGGCAUCAGCGUGAAACGUCCACUGAGGAGGCAUGGAAUCGUGCUUCGAUCGAACUUUGCAAAGCGUCUCGAAUGCACGUUCGUCUUUAUCUUGUACGCACGUUCCUAGAAAAAGUUGCCACGGCUCCAGAUGCUUCUCUACGAUCUCCACUUACCGACCUCACACGUCUUUACGCUUUCGACUUGAUUACCUCUAGUCAAGGAGAAUUCUUGAAAGGCGGUUUCAUGUCUGACAGUCAGGCUGAUGGAAUUCGAGAUGGCAUUUAUCGAUGUCUAGAAAGACUUCGACCAAAUGCCGUUUCCUUAGUCGACAGCUGGGACUUUGACGAUGCGGAGCUCCAUUCGGUGCUCGGACGUCGCGAUGGUAAUGUCUAUCCUGCGCUCCUGGAAUGGGCUCAGAAGAGUCAAUUGAACAAGACUGAGGUGCUGCCAACGUUUGAGAAGUACCUUGGACCAAUGAUGAAAGAAGGGCGAUCUAAAUUAUAG